AUCAGGAAGCUGCGACAUGAACACAACUCAGACUGAAGUUAGACUGGAGUGAACUAAAGCAAACCGUGGUCAUGGACAAACCAGUGUGCUUGAUUGACACGGCGUCCGAUGGGAAGCUGUGUGUGCAGGGGUCAGCGUUGCAGGUUCUGGAGCAGAUCCAGCAGCCCGUGGUGGUGGUGGCUGUGGUGGGUCUCUAUCGCACCGGGAAGUCCUACCUGAUGAAUCGACUGGCCGGGAAGCAAACAGGGUUUGCACUGGGCAGCACAAUCGAGUCCAAGACGAAGGGCAUCUGGAUGUGGUGCGUGCCUCACCCCACUAAAGCAGCAACCACUCUGGUGCUGCUGGACACCGAGGGACUCGGAGACGUGGACAAGGGGGACUCGAAGCAUGACACAAACAUCUUCUGUCUGGCUGUGUUACUGAGCAGCACUCUGGUCUACAACAGUCGAGGGACGAUCGACAACAGGGCUGUAGAGGAGCUGCAUGGCAACAAGCAGUACCAAGGAGCGGCUUCCACUCAAUACAAUCCAGGAGGGCAGUGGAGCGGAGGCGGAACAGGGGGAGGGACGGUGGGCCAAGUCCAUGUGGAAAUAGAGAGACUGGGGACUGAGGCAAAGCUGGCAGAGCAGAGCACCAAGUCGGAACAGGGAGCCAAGGUGGAGCUGGUGGAACAGAGGACCAGGGCGGAACAUAGAGCCAGAGCGGAAUCGGCAGAACAGGUGGAGCUGAGGACCACCACAGCAGAGCAGACAGGUCCGGAGAUCCCCACGGUGGAGCAGAAGCCCACCAGGGUGGAGAAAUCAAAGCAGGAGCCCACCAGGGUGGAGCAGACGGAGCAGAAGACCUACAUGCGCGGAGGAGACCGAGUAGAAGCCCACCAGUCUUGUUGUUCAUCUCUUCUAGGAACAUCAAAAAAAGUGAUGGAGUACAACCUUCCCAGGGAGUGCAUCCAAAAAUUCUUCCCCUCCAGGACGUGCUUCACGUUCCCGUUUCCAACCGCCCCAGAGAACGUGUCUCGUCUGGAGAGAUUUUUGGGUCAUCUAGCAAAAACAUACGUAGACACCAUCUCUAGUGGGGCUGUGCCGUGUCUGGAGAAUGCUGUGAUCGCCAUGGCAAUGAUUGAGAAUCAAGCUGCGGUGAAGGAGGGGCUUGAGGUGUACCAGAGUGGAAUGGAGAAGCUGAAGAACUCCUUCCCUCUGGAAUUAAAGGUUGUGUCCUCGGAACACCAACGUCUCAGCAGCAUGGCAACACAAACCUUCAUGACUCGAUCUUUCAGGGACACUGACGGGAAGCACCUGAAAUCUCUAGAGGAAAAAGUUAAUGAACUCUUUGAUGGAUACCUGGGCCAAAAUGAGCAAGCUUCAAAGAAAAGAUGCGAGGAUCUCCUGUCAUCCCUCUCAGCAACAAUGACUGAAAAACUCAAACAGGGCGUCUAUGCUAAAUCUGGUGGCUAUGAUCUCUUCUGCAAGGAUCUGGAGGACAUUGUGAAGAAAUACAACAGCCAGACCAAUAAAGAAGUCAAGGCUGAAGCGGUCUUAAAGGUGUUUCUGAAGCAGAAGACUGUGGAUUCUAAAGCUAUUCUGCAGGCCGACAAAAAACUGACUGAGAAGGAAAAAAAGAUUAAAGAGGAAACAGAGAAAGCCAUACUCCUGGAGCAGGAAAUCAAAGCUAAAGAGGAGGCGCAGCGACAGUUACUAGAGAAGAUGGAAGCAGAAAGACAGAGUAAUGAAGAGAGGAUGAGACAGAUGAAGGAGAAGAUGGAUGAGGAGAUGAGGCUUCAGAGAGAGGAGGCCGAGCGUGCCAUGGACAGCAAACUGAGAGAGCAGGCCGCUCUGCUGGAGAAGGGCUUUCAGGAGAAGGCUGACAGGAUGAGCCAGGAGAUGGAAGCGUUCAAGAGACAGAACACUGAAGCCGAGAGUAAUAGAGCUCGAGAGUUUGCAGAGCUGUUGGAGAACUCCAACAAGAGACAUGAGGAGUCUAUGGCUAUGAUGAUGCAGCAGCACCGUGAACAGAUGAAGGCUUUACAGCAGCAGAUGAGUGCGCGCUGUUCAGGUGGAUGUUGCAUCUUGUGAAAUGCAUUGAGAGGCAUGUAAUCGUACAAUGCAAUUUACUUACUGUAAAAUGAGUUUGUACCUCUACAUAUAACAGUAUUGUUUCCAUAUACAGUUAAACUACAAUUAAAUUGAGUGCUAUCAUUAUUCAGAUAUGUAAUUGACCCUUCGCAAAGACCUGCCCGCUUAGUUACCGUUUUGUGGCUCUUUAAUGUGUUGUGACGUAUCGCUGUAGCGUCUCAGAUCAAGCAGCACAUGUUCCUUUAUUACUAGUUAUAGCACAAAAUAAACAUGAA